AACCAUUUGGUACCGACUUUUGAUGGAGAGACGGUUUGAGAGCGACCGACAUACAAUAAUGCCUCCAAAUUUUUUUUGUUUCUCAUGCUUUGGAAGAAGGACAGGACUGGAGGGCGUUUAUGGCUGGUAUUGCUACAUACCCCAACUUCAUGGUUGCUUGGUGGGAUGUUGAUACGGUCUUAUUGCCGAUUCAUUCAUCCCCUAAUCAUUGGCUAUUUGGGGAACUACGAUUAGCGUCAAUGGAAGUGCAUAUUUAUGACAGUCUUGGUAGAGGUGCUUAUGAAAAAUUCCAAUCCGAAGGAAUCUUUUCCAAAUUUGAACGUCGGGUGGCAAAUUAUUUGGACAAGAUUAAGUAUUGGGCGCGGAGGAACAUCCCAAGGAUUCCAUUGAAUAUGCAAUUCAUUUAUGAAGAAAACGUUCCCCAACAAAGUAGUCAUUUGGGAGAUUGCGGUGUUUUUCUUUGUAUGUUUAUGGAGCAAUUGGUUUCAGGUCAACCAAUACGUGUUCUUAUUGACCCAAAGAACGCAGCUUUAGAGUUCCGUCUCCGGAUGGCAAAAAUUAUUUGGGGGUCUAGUCUUGCUCCUCUGUAGUUGGAUUAUAUAAAUGUAUAUACAAAUUAAUGUUGGAUUUCAUUAUUAGUUUAUCUUUAGAGUUUACUCAACGGAUGACAAAAAAUAUAAUGUUACG